AUGUGACCGCCUCAGCUUUCAGCUGAGCGAGACCAACCAAAUUUUUUUUCUCUUUUUUUAAUGUUCUAAACGAAACAACUUAACCCAAAAUAUAUAAAAAAGAAACAAGGCUGAAACUUCAAAACAAAUAUUGGAAAAUUCGGAAUGAAAAAGGUGUGCUUGUAAGCCGAAGGAACCGAAUGCAAAUUGAAAACUAAAGUUCGAGGAAACCAGAAACCAAAACAAGGAAGCCAGCCCCUGUCCGUGUGAAGGACCACGUGGGCCUGUGUGCGUGUGUGUGGGUGCGGGGACACCACUACAGCGGCAGGCGAAAUAGUUUUUGUGCCAAGGACUUUCUUCGCUCUACCUAUCCCUCUUCCCUUUUCCACCCUUGGCGGAACAAAGAACAGAUGGAGGAGGAGCGCAGGAAUGAGGCGAUGUGAAGCAAAAGGACAACGAGGACAACAAGGAGCAAAGCCAAGGCAAAACCGGGAGGAGGCCACCAAAAAGGGAGAACAUACAUUUGAAGAAUUUUAAUCGAAAACUGCCAAGAAACAAAUAUAUUUACAAAUAUAUUUAUAUACCUAGUAAACCAAAAAAAAACGUACAUACAUUAAUAGAAUAUAUAGAUAUAUAUAUAUAUAUAGAGAGAAGAAAUAUGUUAUAUUUACUAUGAAAUCGAGGGGCAUGGAAGCAAUACCCAGAAUAAUAAUCGAUGUAAAUAAAUGCUGCCAAUUCGAGGACACUGAGAAUUAAAACCGCAACUGAGAUGCAUAAAACGCACAACAACAAUAAUAACAAACCGCAACACAUGAAGAAAAAGUUCACUUUACCCGCGACAGCUGCGCCUGCGCCCUAAAAACCCUAUAAAACACUAUCGGUCCUGGAUAUAUAUAUCAGCAAAUAGGAGAAAAGAUUGGAGCCGCCAGAAGGGGAUUAUAUAUAGGGCAGAUCCACCACCGCAGCACGGGCAGAAAAAGCGUGCAGAGGGAAAUGAGAUGAAGUGGUUUCAAGUGACCAUAGAUAUGAUUCUUGUGCUUUCAUUUAUAUCAAGCAGCACAGCGAAUCCGGAUGCCAAACGAUUGUACGACGAUUUGCUGAGCAACUACAACAAACUGGUCCGCCCGGUGGUCAAUGUGACGGACGCCCUCACCGUUCGCAUCAAGCUGAAGCUGUCCCAACUGAUCGAUGUCAAUCUGAAGAACCAGAUCAUGACCACCAACCUGUGGGUGGAGCAGUCCUGGUACGACUACAAGCUCAAGUGGGAGCCCAAGGAGUACGGCGGCGUAGAGAUGCUCCACGUGCCCUCCGAUCACAUUUGGCGUCCGGACAUCGUCCUCUACAACAACGCCGACGGCAACUUUGAGGUGACCUUGGCCACCAAGGCCACGCUGAAUUACACGGGACGCGUCGAGUGGCGACCGCCGGCCAUUUACAAGAGCUCCUGCGAGAUCGACGUGGAGUACUUUCCCUUCGACGAGCAGACCUGCGUGAUGAAGUUCGGCAGCUGGACCUACGACGGCUUUCAGGUGGAUCUGCGGCACAUUGACGAGCUGAACGGCACCAAUGUCGUGGAGGUGGGCGUGGAUCUGUCCGAGUUCUACACGUCCGUCGAAUGGGAUAUCCUCGAAGUUCCUGCAGUGCGGAACGAGAAGUUCUAUACGUGCUGCGAUGAGCCAUAUCUGGACAUCACCUUCAACAUCACGAUGCGCCGCAAGACCCUUUUCUACACGGUCAACCUGAUCAUCCCCUGCAUGGGCAUCAGCUUCCUCACCAUACUCGUGUUCUACCUGCCAUCGGAUAGUGGCGAAAAGGUCUCAUUAAGCAUAUCCAUUCUGCUGUCGCUCACUGUGUUCUUUCUGCUCCUGGCGGAAAUCAUUCCGCCCACAUCGCUGGUGGUGCCGCUGCUGGGAAAGUUCGUGCUCUUCACCAUGAUACUGGAUACGUUCAGCAUCUGUGUGACGGUGUUGGUGCUGAACAUCCACUUCCGGUCGCCACAGACCCACACGAUGGCUCCUUGGGUGCGGACCGUGUUCAUCAACCAACUGCCCCGCUUCCUGGUCAUGCGGCGUCCGCUGUACCCGAUCAGCGAGAUGAUAAAAUCCUCGCGCCGCCUUAUGGUGCGCACCUGCAACGGACUCGAACUGAGGGAUCAAAUACCACCGCUGCCACCGCCGGUGGCUUUGUCUCGCAUGCACCACAGCCCGAAGACGACAUCGCGGAGCACCUCGCCCCACCUGCAGCACCGCGUGCAGACCUACAACCUGAUGGACGAGUGCAGCAUUGGCAUGGGCGGCGGCAUGGGGGGAGGAGGAGGUGCCUCCACCAUCACCGGCCACCUGAGCUCCCUUUAUCCGCCGACCAUGUCGACGGCCAACCAGCAGACCUCGACCACAUCCUCGCUGAUCGAUGCCCAGUACCACAAUCAGUACCAGCAGACGGGUGGCUCGCUGCUGGACCACCCCCUAACGCCCACCAAGUUCCGCCAGAUGACCUCGACCUCCAGCCAGACGGGUCAGAAUGGGAAUGGUAGUGGGAAUGGCGGUGGCUAUGGGGGUCAUAACCAAGGUGGGGGCGGGGGCGUGGGUCACCUGUACCGACAGCAGUCGAGCUGCUCGGCAAACUUCUCACCACUGCCGCAGCACGCCCACCAGGCGCACGCCUCCACCACCACCAGCGAUCUGGGCAUGGCCAAUCCGAAUGUGAUAAAGUCCACGACGACGGUUAACUCGGUGGCCACCGCCUCAACGCUGGCGGAGUCCUGCUGCAGCGGCACCAUCCAGAUCCACCAGGGCAUGGGCGCCGGGGCCGCUUGCCAAUCGUCGGAGCUGCUGCACCACCAGCAGUUGCACCACCAGCAGAUGCACCACCAGCAGCAGCAGCAGCAGCCGCACCACCAGCGACCCACCACCUCGGCAGCGGCGGCAGCAGCAGCAGCGGCAGCCGCCGGCGGACCCAGCACCUCGGCAGCGGCAGCAGCUGCGGCGGCGGCAGCGGCGGCCGGAACGCCACCACCACCGCCACCGCCGGCGGGCGUCUGUGAUAUUCUGCCCGCCUGCCAGCGCGAGGGCGGGCCGCACUGCUGCUCGGGGCGUGGCAAUGUGCGCCAGCGGUGGCACACCUGCCCGGAACUCCACAAGGCCAUGGACGGGGUCACCUACAUCGCGGAUCAGACGCGCAAGGAGGAGGAGAGCACAAGGGUGAAAGAGGACUGGAAGUACGUGGCCAUGGUGCUCGACCGCCUGUUCCUGUGGAUCUUCACAAUAGCCGUGGUCGUCGGCACCGCCGGCAUUAUCCUGCAGGCUCCGACGCUCUACGACACCCGGAUGCCCAUCGACAUAAAGCUAUCGGAGAUCGCCUCGACGACGGCCAAGCCCAAUGUGGCCAGGCCAGUGUUGUAAGCGGAUCGAUAAGUAUCGAUCUAUCGCUCGAUCGAUAUCCAGUAUUCCGGCGAACACACACCACACACAGUCUGAAGAAGCCAACAAAAGCAAAACACAAGUAAUGAAUGAAAUUCGCAUUUGUUUUUUCUUUAACCAGAGAGAGAGGGGAUACAACAAAAUAAAAAACAAAACCAAAAAAAUAACCACAAAAACUUGUUCCAAAAAUAACAGAAGCGACGAGGAGAAUCCAAGUAACUAUAACUAUAAUAAAUUGUAUUUGUUGUAUACAUAAAAGGUAUAACUAACUAUAAAUAAUUUGUACACUAAUGUUUAAACAGGCAAACGAUGCUAAACAAAACGGUUUUUUUUCUAGGCAACGUAAAUGAACAGAUACAAAAGUGACGAAACAAAAAAUAAAAACAAAAUAAUUAAGUAAACCAAUUCAACUGAAAUGAAGCGCAAAAUAGUAUGCAACAGAUAAAUAAAUACAAUUUAUGGUAAUAAUUGAGAGCGAAAUUAAAUUAGUGAAAUUAAACUAGCCUAGCCAAACAUCAAGAAUAACGAAAAAAGAAAAAGAAAAAAAGAAAGUGUAUUUGUUGAACAAGAAAACCAAGAGAAGGAGAACAACAUUAGUUAGCUAAGCGAACCAAAAUAAAGGAACAGGAAAAAAGCCAACAGAAAAGGCAUAUGUAUGUAUUUGUAUGUAUGAGUGCACCGAGAGAAAAGCGGGGAAAAGAAAAGGAAAUUUUGUGAUUUAAGAAAGUUGUCUUCUGGAAGUUUUUAGACCAGGAAAUGGUAUUUAUUUUGCAGA